AUCAUGAUGAAUCAAAAACAGGAUUUUUGAAUUUAAAAAUUAUUGCCGAUCAGGAAUGGAUUAAGAACAGGAAUCCGGAUGAAUCAAGAACAGGGAUCCGGUGGAUCACGAAAGAAAAUCACUUCGAUGUUUUUUCGCCACCUCCACCUAUUACCUUUACACUUAGAUCUUCAGUGCCAAACUCCCCAAUAAUAUCAGCUCAAGCACAAACUUCAAGUACAAAGAAUUUAAACCCCCACUUGAACAAGCAAGCUGCAGCACUAUCUCAGCAAUUAUGGUUACCCUUCAUGACUGACCCUGCAGCUGCUUCUUUGACCUACAAUAUACCUUCUUCGUGUUACAAACUUAGAUACAGAAGAAAAUACGGGAAUCAAAAAGCGCAAAAUCAAGAGCAGCCCGCGGCAAACGCCAGAAGAUGGAUGAUACAAUCAAUCGCACACUACUCAUCAAAGUAUAUCCAAAUCAACCUCAGAAGCAACUUAAAGCGCUGGAUGGGCAUGGCGGAAUAUACUUGUAAUGUCAUCGUCCGUUGGAGGCUCCACACCACAGACUGCCGUACCGGUCCGAUGCAGCAGGCGUGGAUAAAGGCUCAACACACCAAAGACAAGCGCAGACUUUUUGCAGACGUGAGGGCUGGCAUCGACACCAACGAACUAGAAGAUGCCAAACUCCAAAAGGCGGCCGAAGCUAUCGAUCAGGCUCUGACCGCGAAAGCUGAAGACAAGCUUGCGCAAUCGACCUCAAAGCGAAAGCAAAGAAAAGCUAAAAGACUCGAAAAGGCAAUUUCUCGGAUACGACUGCGGAAUGAAACGAUCUGA